CACAUAGAUGGCGCCUUAAGUUUGUUAAGAAAAUGAUACGAAGAUGGCGUAAAUAUUUGACAGCUCACGUCAACCUCUUUUACGUCAGGCUUUCAUUUCCGAUAGGAUAUUGAAUAGCAGAACUGCAAUUGAAAAUUAAAGAAAAUGGCCAAAACAAAGGGAGAAAAACGUAAUAAGUCUGCUAUCAAUGAGGUAGUGACCCGCGAAUGUACAAUUCACUUGGCAAAGCGUGUCCACAAUAUUGGCUUCAAAAAGAGGGCACCACGCGCCAUUAAGGAAAUUCGUAAAUUUGCUGAAAAAGAAAUGGGCACAACUGAUGUCAGAAUUGAUACUCGCCUAAACAAGCACAUUUGGUCCAAGGGUAUUCGCUCUACACCAUUCCGUGUACGUGUACGUUUGGCCCGCAGGAGAAACGACGAUGAGGAUUCACCUAACAAAUUGUACACCUUGGUAACAUAUGUACCAGUUGCUUCAUUCAAAACUCUGCAAACUGAAAAUGUUGAAUCCAGCGAUGAUUAAACAUCGUGAAUGUUUAGGAUUUAAUUAAUUUUUAAUAAAAAUUACACUUUAAUUGGAAAGUAAA